CAUCAUGAAAAACCCCGCGAGUUUCCAACAUGAAUUGGUUUCUUCAGAGAGUAAACGACAUUGUAAAUCUAAAUGUUCAGUUGAUACUUGGCUAGAAUGCGUCGUCGAUUCCAAUUGAGAUUAUUUUGAAGGCGACGCCAUUUUAUUUUGUCUCUCGAGUCGAAUGCGAAGGCUACGACGUUGACAUACUUAUUAUCAGUAGUUGUAACUGAAAACAAUGGACGCUACUGGCGGUAUCGAUGAUAUGACAUAUACCUGUUUGUCUACUGUUUCGAAUGCUGCAAGUCAGUUUGAAAGUAAUUAUAAUAGCAGUAACCAGCAAGCCCAUGUCAUGUAUGUUAACACACCUCAGGAACCACAGGCUGGGAUAUCAUUCCACCCAGCUCAGUUGGGUAAUGGUGUGCCCACACACUCUGAAGCAAUAGGUAACUUCCAGAGUUCAACCGAGAUGAACUUCUUGCCGCAAAACUCUGGCGGUAACAAUGAGCGAAAUACACCAGUAUUAUAUCCAAGUGCUGCUCUUUCACUGCCCACCACAACUCAGUCUCCAAUCUAUCCAGCUCGCAAUGGUAGUGGAGGAGAUGCACAACCCAUAGCAACCAUGGCACAGUCGUCAACCACUGGUACCAUGCAAGCACAGGGACAACAACAAAAUAUUUACACAGGGCAUGGUAACUCAAGUGAUGCAGCUAACAAAGUGCAACCAAAUGGAGAUGUACGUCAGCAAUAUUAUCUCCUAAACAAUCCUGGUGCCAUGAAUGGUAAUAUUGACGUGGUCAAGACCAGUAGUUCACAGAGUAAUUUGGGACAAGGUGAUAAUGUGGCAAUAGAUGUUGGUGGGAAUCCACCUUUGAAUGGAGCUGCUAACAACACUGUUAUAUUAGUUGGUGCCAAUCAAGUUCCACUGCAGCUGGCUUCCGGAUCACAGUUAUUAUCCAUGUCCCAAGACAACAGAGGUCAUGUUGCUGUAGCCAAAGAAUUGCAAAGUAUGGAUCAAUCUGAAGAGCCUUUAUAUGUGAAUGCCAAGCAGUAUCACAGAAUAUUGAAAAGACGAGAGGCCAGAGCAAAGUUGGAGGCUCUUGGAAGAAUACCAAAACAAAGAAAGAAAUAUCUUCACGAGUCUCGUCAUCUUCAUGCAGUCAAUAGGAGAAGAAUGAUUGGAGGAAAAUUUGCAACCAAAAGUUAAUUUAUUGAACGAUCAUGUUUUCUGUUUUUAUAAAAGUUGAACUGAGUGCUAAAUUGCCCGAUAAUGCAGGGUAUCUCUUUAUUUGUAUGUAUUUUCAUUGGUUAAACUAUUAUUUAUUAAUAUUUGAUGAAAAAAUAAAGUUCACGAUA